AUGAAAUUUGAAAUAUCAGAUAUGUCUGAAGUAGACCAUUACCUUGAGACUCUUUUUGCAGGGCAAUUGAUUACUGAAGCGGAGGUGAAGGACUUAUGUGAAAAAGUGAUUGAAAUAUUAGACAAAGAGCCCAACAUACAGAAAUUAAGUAGUCCCAUAACGUUAUGUGGUGACGUUCAUGGACAAUGGCACGACUUAAAGAAGUUAUUUGAGACCGGAGGGAAUUGUCCGGACACGAAAUAUAUAUUUAUGGGGGAUUAUGUUGAUCGUGGGUAUUAUUGUUUAGAAACAGUCUUGUUAUUACUUUCAUUGAAAGUUAAAUUUCCUGAACGGAUCAUUAUGUUACGAGGGAACCAUGAGAGUCGCCAGAUCACACAAGUGUAUGGGUUCUAUGAUGAGUCGAUUCGCAAGUACAAGUCGUUUAAUGUCUGGAAGUACUGUACGGAAGCGUUUGAUUACUUAGGGUUAGCUGCUAUUAUAGAUCAAAAGAUCUUUUGUAUCCAUGGAGGGAUUUCUCCUUUUGUUAAUAACUUUGAUGACAUCACAAAGAUGGAAAGAAGACAAGAAAUCCCACAUGAAGGUGCUAUGUGCGAUUUAUUAUGGUCAGACCCCGAUCCAACUACUAACGACUGGAAACCAUCUCCUCGUGGCGCUGGACAUGUCUUUGGCGAACAAAAUGUCGUCAAGUUUAACCACGCAAAUAAUAUCGACAUGAUCUGUAGAGCUCACCAAUUGGUCACUGAAGGGUAUAAAUACCAAUUCGAUAAGAAGUUGGCAACUAUUUGGUCCGCUCCUAACUACUGUUAUAGGUGCUCUAAUGACGCGGCUAUUUUCGUCAUAAAACCAGACGAGAAAAAAAUGAUCACGUUCUCAGCUUCUUCAGAUCCUAACAGAGCUGUUCCUCCUAAUAUCCCUUUGCCUGAGGCAUUCUUGUGA